AUGGACUUCAACGCCGUCGCUGAACAGUUCGUCAAUUUCUACUACCAGAGCUUCGACAGCAACCGCGGUGGUCUUACCCCUCUCUACCGCGACCAGUCGAUGCUCACCUUCGAGACCAGCCAGGUCCAGGGCGCUGCCGCCAUCACUGAGAAGUUGACUAGCCUGCCCUUCCAGCAGGUGCGCCACCAGAUCGCCACCCUCGAUGCCCAGCCCUCCAGCGACGGCAGCAUUGUCGUCCUGGUGACCGGUGCUCUCCUGAUCGACGAGGAACAGAAGCCCAUGAACUACACGCAGUGCUUCAAGCUCUCUCCCGACGGGUCGGGCAGCUACUUCGUGUUGAACGACGUCUUCCGCCUGAUCUACGCCGCCUCGUAA